AAUCUCCUUACGUUUUUCCCUGUUUGUGUAUUAAUAUUAGCACAAUGGUUAGAUCCCCUUGUUGUGAUGAAGAGAACAGUUUGAAGAAAGGUCCCUGGACAAUGGACGAAGAUGCGAAAUUGACGGAUUAUAUUAGAAGAAAUGGUCGUGGAAGCUGGAGAGCUCUCCCCAAGCUUGCUGGCCUCAACAGGUGCGGCAAGAGUUGCAGAUUAAGGUGGACAAAUUACCUGAGGCCUGAUAUUAAGAGAGGAAAGUUCUCGGAAGAGGAAGAACGAGUUAUCAUCAAUCUUCAUUCAGUUCUUGGAAACAAGUGGUCAAAGAUUGCAACUCAUCUACCAGGGAGAACGGAUAACGAAAUCAAGAAUUACUGGAACACCAACCUGAGAAAGAAGCUCCUGCACAUGGGGAUUGAUCCAAACACCCACAAGCCAAGGACUGACCUAAAUCACCUCCUCGACCUUUCAUCGUUGCUCAGAGCAGCAAGUGUUGGCAACUCGAACAUGAUGACUAGUCCUGGGGACAAUGCCAUGAGCCUGCAAGCAGCAGCGGGUGCUGCCCAACUUGCCAAAAUGCAGUUACUUCAAUGUUUAUACAUGAUGCCAGUCGUGAGCACAAGUAAUAGUAGUGUUCCUCCUAAAAAUUAUAAUGCAGACGUGAUGAACACUACUACUAAUAGUCAUUUUGGUUCUCACAGUCUUCAUCUGUUUGGAGGAGGGAAUAUGAGUGGUGCAAGUACCAUACUAAGUGGUCAGAAAUGGAACCAGCAGGCUGAUAAAGUCGACAGCUUCCACGCGAUUUCUAACUUGUUUGAAGGAUUUCAAGGUGGGUUUGGUGCACAAGGAGGUAUUAAUAGCAAUAGUACUGAUCAGCAGAACAUGAGCAGUAGUUGCUAUGGUGAUAUAUAUGUCCAGACCUCGAACCAACCACCUCCUGCAUUUUCAUCGGCUGCACUAUCUCCGGGGACUUCUUCCACGGUCAUCGGUGACGCUUGGGAGAAACUCAUGGAUGAUGAAACAAGUGAAUCCUACUGGAAAGAUAUUCUAGAGUAAGUUCUUGCAGAUACCCUCUCAAAUCUUUCGCUUCAUUUUUUUCAGUUACAUUAAAUUGUUGAAUAUUUCCUC